AGCGCAGUCUGGCAGACUGACACUGCGCUCCAGUCGCGCUUCGCAGUUCGCAGUUUGCCUGUCACCGACCAAACGCGCCGAUUAGUGUCUAUAAAUUGUGUUAAAAAAAAACUAUCGGAAUAACCGGAAUCAAUUAAAAAAUCAGACGUUACACUUGGCGGUAUAUUAUACAUUGUAUACGUUGCAAUGAUACCAGAAUGGCGACGGAGAAUAUCAAAAUUGUUCCUAAUUCCUCAGCGGUAUGUCCUCGGUAUCAUGGGACUGCUGGCUGUAUGCAACGCGUAUACCAUGAGGGUGUGCCUCAAUCUGGCCGUCACACAGAUGGUGAACAACACGAAGAGCGAGUUGGAGAAGUUUGACCCUGACGCAUGCCCUGAUGAGAGCCAAAUACUCAAUGGAACAGUUGCGCUGAAGCCUCAUGCAAUAUUUGACUGGUCCGAAUCAACUCAAGGUCUCAUUCUAAGUGGGUUUUACUAUGGAUACGCUAUUACUCACGUCCCUGGAGGAUACUUGGCGGAAAAGUACGGCGGGAAAUGGACCUUGGGUAUUGGUCUUCUGAGUACCGCUAUAUUCACUUUAAUGACUCCAGUGGUUGUAAAAGCUGGAGGGGCAACAUGGCUGUUCAUUCUGCGUAUCUUACAAGGAAUGGGAGAGGGUCCAACAAUGCCAGCAUUGAUGAUAGUACUGGCUCGAUGGGUGCCACCACAUGAAAGAUCACGGCAAGGAGCGGUUGUGUUCGGCGGUGCACAAAUUGGCAAUAUCUUCGGUUCAUUCAUGUCCGGCGUCUUAAUGGCUGGAGGUGGAGACUGGGCCAACGUCUUCUACUUCUUUGGCUGUUUUGGAAUCUUGUGGUUCAUAUUUUGGAGCAUAUUCUGCUACAGUACCCCAAAUACUCAUCCGUUCAUAUCAGACGAAGAACUCAAGUAUCUGAAUGAGACAGUCACAAGUGCAGACAUGACAAGUGUCAGGGACCCUGUGCCUUGGAAGGCCAUCGUGAGAUCUGUACCUGUUUGGGCCCUUCUGUUUGCUGCUGUUGGCCACGACUGGGGUUACUAUACAAUGGUGACAGAUCUUCCGAAGUACAUGACAGACGUCCUCAAGUUCAACAUUGCGACUACAGGAACAUUGACGGCAAUUCCCUACCUCGCUAUGUGGAUAAGCGCCUUCUUCUUCGGUUGGGUCUGUGAUAUUUGCGUCAAGCGCAAUUGGCACUCCAUCAGAACUGGAAGAAUUAUUCACACAACUAUAGCUGCAACUGGGCCGGCCAUUUGUAUCAUAUUGGCCUCAUAUGCAGGCUGCGAUCGUUUCGCAGCUGUCGGCUACUUUAUCGCAUCAAUGGCCUUAAUGGGAGGAUUCUAUAGCGGCAUGAAGGUAAACGCUCUGGACUUAGCACCAAACUACGCCGGUUCUUUGACGGCGAUGAUAAACGGAACGUCAACCAUAUCGGGAAUAAUCACUCCUUAUCUAAUUGGAUUAUUGACACCUGAUUCAACACUCGUUCAAUGGCGGGUGGCGUUUUGGGUGUGUUUCGCUGUACUGGUCGGCACCAACGUGAUCUACUGCAUCUGGGCUGAUGGUAAACAGCAGUGGUGGGACGACGUCCGCCAGUACGGAUAUCCAACUGGCUGGAAACAUGGACCACUCAAAAUGGCCGACUCGGACACGGAGAAGAAUAAGAAGAAAGAAGCCGAAGGCACUGCUCUUUAGUAAAACAAACGACACAGAACUCUACAAUAUCUAUUGUUCUGUGUAAACUGCAAUAAUAAUAAUUUAAUGAUAAUUUAUUUAUAUGACUUUAAGUAAGCUGUCUUUUGGUGCCAUUUUGUGAUAUUAAUAAUUCAUGGUGCGUUAUUCUAGAUUAAAAAACGGAAAUAUCUAAAAAAAUUAAACAAACUGCAACUGAUUACUUACAAAGGAGAUCGGCCAUUUUUCAUGCAUUUUUGGACCCAAAUUUGAUAAAUUAACCAUUAAGUGUCACAGAAUAAAUAAUAUUAUCAGUUUUUGAUUGACAGUUGCACAAUCAAGAUUUUUUUUAAAUCUUUAUUUUUAGCAGCUGAGUCCAUUUUGGACUAUGCCGCUCCGUAAGGACGCCUUUCUAUUUGUACAAUCUUAUAAUUUAAUCUAAAUUUAAUUAAUUUCCUUAAUGCCUUCUCUGAUAUGGGCAAUACAUUAGAUAAAAUAUUAACAACAACAAUUCUAAUUAUUUUGGGUGAUUUAUUAUAAAAUAAAUGACUUUUUGUCAAUUAUUUUUUUCUUUAAUGUGUUAGGCCCAAAAUUUCGGUCUCCUUUGUUAUUUAUGUAAAAAAGAAAAUCUAUUAGUAGCUUCAAUAAUUUAAGGCCGGUCGCUUACACUCGUUUUACAAACACGGAAAACGGAUUGGGAAAAACGAAUACGGAAAACGAGUGUAUACGGCUGGCCUUAACAUUAAUUAGUAUUUAAUCAUAAAUUAUGAACAUUUCAGUUUUUAAUUGUUAUUAGACAAUUUUUAAUUAAUUGAGUUCGUAUUACUAAAAUUACCUGUGAUUGUUCAGUAUGUGACUGUUAAAUCAUGUAUAUGACUACAAUAGAUAUACCUAGUGUACAGUUAAUUAUAGUUCUAAUAGAUUAAGUUAUUAAAAAUAAUCAGUAAGUGUUUAGAGUAAAAAGGCCCUUUUUAUUUAAUUAGGCUGUAAUUACAUUGAUUGUAAUUAUUAUAAGUAAACUAGCGGAUGCCCGCGACUUCGUCCGCGUGAAACUCGAUGUAAACUUUUAACUACCCCUACCCUACCCCUACCCUACCCCUACUCUACAAACUGAACUGUACAAACAAAAUGUACGAAUUGUUGAUGCUUGCACAUACCAUCCAGUUUUUGACCAGAAUAAAAAAAAGUUACAAGACAAAAAUUAAGACGCAAUAUUCUAGCAACUAGUUUCUUAAUAAACCUUUUGACAAGACCUGUAGGGAUGCUGGUGCAAUAUGUGUUUAAAUAAGUAAAUCUGGAACAAAAAUCAUACAUCUUGCACAAUAAAAUUUGAAUAUUUUAUACUUAAAUCGUAAAUUAAAAGUAAACAGCUUCAAACACGUAUGCUACGUAUACCUUUAAAAAAGAAGUACUGAUGAAAAAAUGCUUGAAAGCAAGAUUAGAUUUUUUUUGAGUCGGAAUUUUUGAUUUUUCUAUAAAUUAUAUCAUUUUUAAAUUCUUUUAUUUCUUCAGAAAGUUAUUUAUUGUACCAAUUUACUAUCCAAAUACCAUUUUUUGUAAAAAAGAGAAAGACCAUACAGAAAUUAGCGUAUAAUAUUAUAAUCAUCACAGAAUCAAAGGAAGAUCAUAGUAAACAAAAAUGAAGCUUAAUCGUUUUAAUUGUCACUUUAAGUAACGAAGUGAUAUUUCGGUACUGAUAUUAUGUAUAAUAUAAGUACAUACUCGUAGGUAUUAUUCAAGUCAAAUGAAAGUUACCACCCGUGCUACAGACGUUCAGUUUUAAUUGAACAGUUGAACUGUCCAGUUAAAUCUGCGUGUCAUCAGUUUUAACUGUACAGUUUUUUUAAUGGUUUUAAUUGAAAUUUCAAUAAAACUGUACAGUCAAAACUGAAGGUUUGUAGCCCGAUACAAAAUAUUGAGGUUGUUAAGAGUAUAUCAUAGUUAUUUUUAACUAGUUAUUACAUAAGUAUAUUUUGUUUAUUUUAAUCACUGAUGCAAUGUACAAAGCAAUAGUAACCAAAUACUUAAGUAAAAUAUUAUUUACAACAAAAAACUACUACGUUGACAUCUUAUGAGUUUAUGACAUAAUAUUGAAAGUUAUUGAUUUAGUUUGUAUUGUGAUAGAACAUUUCCUAUUCUGAUUUAAUAAAAAUGUACGUAAGUGA